AUGACAACAAAGAAGUUGACUGCACGGCAAGCCAGAUGGGCUGAGUUCCUCUCCCGAUUCUAUUUCCUGAUUCGAUACCGACCUGGACGAGAGAAUACCCUUGCAGAUGCCCUUAGUCGACCAGUGACAGAUAUCCAGAAGAAGGAUGAGUACCGUCACCAGAUCUUGCUGAAGCCAGAGACUGUUGAAGCACCAAUUCAGGUGAAUGACCUGGAGCCAGCAUUACAGGUAGUGGAUCAGAUACUCAAGGCCAACCGCAACUCUGCUACAGCAGAAGGAUAUCACAAGAAAGCUCAAGAGGGAAAGGAUGACUGGACUCUCCAAGAUGGCCUGCUACUGAAAGGAAACCGAUUGUUUGUUCCUGAUGAUGACCCUGAACUCCGCACCCGACUGCUUGAUGAAGUGCAUGCACAAGUAUCAACUGCACACCCAGGGAGAACAAAAACCCAACAGCUCAUCAGAGCACAAUACUACUGGCCAACCUGGAGACAAGAUGCUGAAAGAUAUGUACGGAAUUGCUCAAAAUGUCAGAGAGCUGAGAACCCUCGAGAUCAUGUUCCAGGGCUUCUUCAACCUUUACCCAUUGCUGAGCGCCCCUGGCAACAUAUAUCUAUGGACUUCCGUUCCUUUCCAGUUGACAAGAAUGGAUAUGACGCUGCACUAGUGAUAGUGGAUCGAUUUAGCAAGAGACCCAUCAGCAUUCCCUGCAAGAAGACUGCCACCUCUGAAGAUGUUGCACGCAUGUUCAUCAAACAUGUUUACCGGCAUAGGGGGCCUCCAUCAACUAUCGUAUCAGACCGUGGACCCCAAUUUGUGUCAGCAUUCUGGGAUGAACUCUGCUGA